CAGGACAGACAGGCGAUCGCGCAUCCCCACCUAUACAGAGAGCGUGGCUUUAUAAUUGGGCGCCAUUGGAUUAGUCCGGUCUAAGUCUUGAGGCGUCCUAGUUGUCGCCUGGACGAAAGGGGCGGGUUGUGAUGGACAAUGGUUAGAGGAAUGAGGUCCAAGAAGAGGUCACGGACCUCUCAAACGACCCUCACCUUCUCCCAUUCCAGAGACGGUACCGCAAGCUCUGCUGAGGGCAGUACAGGGAAUGACGACUACAAUGACGAACUCUCACGAGCCGUCGCGCUUAGCCUUCAGGAGCACCGUCACCAGCAGCAUGUCAUCCUCAGUGAAAUUCAGUCCACUCGCCAUGAAGCCGAUAACCAGUGCAGCGAUACAGGAUCCGCAAAUAAUGAUCUGUCAAAAAAUCAGGCCGAUGCCCGCCAUGAUUCCAGAGACUUUCCAAUAGAGCAGUCACCCGGAAAUAACCAUUCGCUUGGAUCCUCCCGUCGACCCUCUGAAAAAAACUAUUCUGAUUGCGCUGAACCCACAGUCAGUUUAGAUAUCGACUAUGAGCAAGAGAAACCUUCAUCCAAGCGGAAGAAGAGAAAAAGAUUCACUCCUCGCAAUUCUCCAGCUACACCAACGUUGUCUAGUGGGCGUGUCAAGAAACUUUGCAAUAUUGAUAUUCAAGCGAAAGCAGGACGGGAAUCGUCACCUCCAAACGCCGUUAGAUUGAAUCAAGAAAAAAGCAGCGGAAGUUUCAAGAGCAAUACUCGUGCCAAAUCAGAGACGCCGUCCAGUGGAGACGAAUCAGUGACUAUCCCAAUUCCCACACGCCGGGGAACGCAUAGAGGGACUGAUAAGGAAUCGCAAAUUGGCCAGCCGUCCAAAAGCAUGCAUUCAAAUACUUCCUUGACCCCGGAAAGCCAGUCACAUCAAUUUGGCAAAGUGACGAGGACACGAUCCGCCAUGUCCGAAUUACGAGGUAAUCACGGUCUCCUGGUGGAGAGUGUAUCCGGUAUCUCCCAAAGUGAAGGUUGUGAGAAAACAAGCAGCCUUUCUGAAGCCACUGAAGUGGAGCAUGGCGCAAGAAUGAGCCAAACCGAACGAAAGCGUCGUCACAAACGGUUUUUGUCCACUCUGUACGCACUAUACCAGAUUGACCCGCGACAUGUGAAUCGCACACGGGCAGCCAGGGCUCCGACUGCUUCUAAACCGUGGUCCCGUGAAACGACAGGAGAACGCGGGUCCCGCUGCGUUCUGCCGAAGUUAGCUGACGAGGCACAGUCCUGCUCAGAGUCUCACAAAACUGAAUCUGCUUCUGAUCCAUCGCUGAGCGACGUUCCUAUCAACAAAACCGAAGGGCUUAUGUCUCUACCAGGAUCCACACCUAUCUCGAUUCGGAAUCUGGUCAAAAUACGACGCAGCGCGUCUCCUCCGGACCCCACCAAAAAGGACUCGGUCUCGCUGUCCAAGUCACGUCGAACCAGUCCCCGGAUCAUAUCUCAUGAAGAUGUUCUAAAGCAGAGUGAAACGCCUGAAACCCAAAAGCUUAAACGUAAGCACCUGGAGGUGGAGAUCAUGAUACCAGUUAAAACAACGUCGGAGACCGUCAUUGGGGGCAAGGAAGCCGGAGAUGAAGGCUCAGUCAAAAGCGAUUCGCCAUUAUGGGAAAAUCCUGAAGCCGUGGUGUCGGCAGAAGAAAAUACCAUUGCCAGUAACCCUCACGCGAUUUACGCAAGCCCUCUCUUUGAGUCACCGGCAAAAAAGCGCCGCGUUGCUGGAAGUGGGACACUUUCGGAGAAGGAUGUGGCCAAUGCAGCUUUUCCCCAGGGCUGUGAGCCUGAACAUGCCAAGGCUACACCAGAGUUUUCCUUGCAGUCCUCCGUGGAGCAAACGCCCGAAAAAGGAGCUCGCACCCGAAAUGGCACAUCUAAUCAAAACAGUCGUGUUGACGAACUGGAAGAUGAUGUUGAUAUUCUUAUUUUGACUACACCAGGUCCGACAUCAAGCCAAAAAGGGGGUCCAGAUUGGCAAUUUGGUGCUAGCGCGUCAGCUGGCAGACAAAGGCCUUGGCUAGCGAGCGAACGACAAUCCCCCGCCAUGCAACAUGCUCGAUCAUCGCCCGUGCUGGCAUCGGCGUCAUCUUCGGGUCGAGUACUCUCGUCUUCUGAGGCGUCGAAGGAGGUCAAUAGGAUUGAUACUGCCACUAAAAUUGGGAAGCCAAUACCCAAAGUUGUUUCGGCCACAUCUGUCUUUACUCCCGUUCAACCUGCUGACGAGUUUUUUGACCUUGGAAGUACAAGUGGGGUAAAAGCAGCCACCCGGUUCAGCUUCACCCCUGGAAUCUCGCCUAGCACGACUGGGGUGCCGCGAAGCGAGCGGCAAAGGGGAAAGGACCUAGCGCAGGACAUACCGCAGUCGGAUCUGAAACCCAGAUCUUUUAGGGACUUGUUCGGAAUGAACAAUGUUGAACCCCACGAGCGAAUUCCAAUGGAACUUGGCGAGAACCUGCAAGAAGACGUGUCCGAGAGUGAUAGCAGUAAAGAUGAUGCGUUAGAUUUGACGUUGGACAUUAUCGGGAAGGAUUCGAACGAUCGAACCGUGCCAGGAAAAAUAGAUAACACCCCUGGUCUGGGUGAACAGGACUCGGGGUUCGAUAAGGUUGCAUGCCCCAUCUGCAGCAAAUAUUUCUUUGCCGAUGCCGUCGAGGAGCAUGCUUCUGCUUGCAACGGCAAUACCCCUGUCUCAUCACCUAAUCGCACUCUAGCAAUCACAAUCGAAUCCGAAAGCGACACCCCCCAACCACCAUGUGCCUCGAAGGAGGAAAAGAAGCGCAGACUGUCUGAACUCAGUCGCAAACGUCGCCUUCAAAAACGCACUCCAGGUGGAAAGACGAAUAUGUUAGAAGAUAGCAGCGAGGACAGCGACCUGGACCCAGAUGAUAUGCCUGGACCGAACAUCUUGUGGUAUGUUAACCGAGAAGAAAAGCGUGAAAGCCAACUCCAAAAUGGAAACGGAAGCGGGACUGUUCCGGACCCACGAAUAAGCAGUCCUGGAAAACGACGAAAACCAGAUGUUCGAAGGAAUCGUCAAGAAAGUUGGGAACAAUGCUUCAUCUGUGAUAAGAUGGUUUUAAAAGAAAAUCUACAACAGCAUGUGGAGGACGACUUGGACCGUCAGAAGGGCGCAGAUAACGUGCAAGGACCUGUUGACCUUUCCGAAAACACGAUGCCAAAAGAGAACGAUAUAAGGAAGAUGCAAAGUAUGGCUACCGGUCUCUCUGAAGACGUGGGUACCGAUAAUCCUGCGUGGGACGGCCAAGUAGAGCAGAACAUCCCUUACGAAUGGGAUGGUGAUUACAACGACGUCCGCCCACCAGUCAGUUCAUUACAGCAUGCGGGAGACAAUUUUAUAUGGGCACAGCAAGCAACCCUGGCGGAAGAUGACCGCAGUGGCUUCGGAAAUGACGAGGAUGAUGAAAAUCUAUCGCCGCUUGAGGGCUUCGAACAUCUUGCUGAUGGAGAGGAUGUAAGUGGAAGUCUGGAGAUGUUCCAUAAACAGUUUGAUAGCAAAGGAAAGCGAGUUCCACGCGAAACCCCACCCAAACAAACUCCUGCCGGCAGAACUGGAAGUGGAAAGAAAUGGCGGGGCAAGAAUUCUGGAUGGAGAGGACGCGGUCAGUGGAGGGGAAGAGGAAAGACCGGAAGCAGUUCCGCUGGACGAAAUAUGAACAUGCGAGGGUGAGUUAGAUAUAGUAGUUACCGACUCCCUUCGUGGGUGUGUGGCGUGUCCGAACUCCGAAUAUGCCGCCUUUUCUUCGGAAUCGCAUUUCGGCAAUGAUUGACAGAGAUUUACUAUAUUGAUCGGCAGUCCAUCAACCAGGCAGUCGGUGGCCAAGCCAGCAUCAGUACCCCCUCGAAUCCGCCGCAACUACUACGCUGACGACCCCGGCUUUAGUGAUCGCGACGUGGGGAUGAACUGGGAAGGCUUCAGUGGCAUUUCAUUUAGAUGAAUGUCGCGGGUUUGUACAGAAGGACAUUGUUGCCCAAGGAAACACCUGCAAGUUGUAUCUACACAUACGUAUGGUUCCAUUGUAUAAUUUGUUCUUAUAUCAAUGUAUACUCUACUGCAAGUCUGACGAAUAAGAUGUCUAAUAUUUCGAUUCUGCUUGAUUCUAACUAGC